CAGCCGCAGCCGCUGGUCGGAGGAUGUUUGCCGACAGUUAACCCUUGAACCUCCGCGAAGCUGACCUCAGCCCGACUGUAGCUAGCGACCUGGUGAGCCAGGUACCUUGCUGCCCUACCUGCCGGGUCUUGGCGUGAAUGACCAAACGUCUUUCAGGAAAGAUCUCUGGGGGCAGGGUCCCUGUUGAAUGACCCCGCGGGCUGGGGCAUAUUGGUGCCCAACAAGGGGCGUAGAGUACAGGGCCCGGAUGAACGUCGCUCCCGGAAAGAUGGCCACAUUCCCAAGGAUCGCCGCUUCCACAAGAAAGUGAGUGAAGAUCCGCAGUGAUGGCCACAGAGUUGCCCGUUUGUGAGACAGAUCUGGAGAGGAGCUCCCUGAAGAAUUGGAAUUCUCAGACACAGACUUCCAUUCCCUCCCUGCCUCAACUGGGCAGCAUUUCCAGACUGUCUGUGCCCAGAAUGUCAGGAAAAGCUGCAGCCUUGGCCUACCAUGCUCCAAAAGAACAAGAAGGACUUAUAGUUGUAAAGGUUGAAGAAGAGAAUUAUGUUUGGGGGCAGGACUUUGGCCUUCACGGAGACACCUGCGGCCUGGAGCCCUUCCGCCAGCAGUUCAGGCACUUUGAUUAUUCUGACUCUGCUGGGCCUCGGGAGGCUCUGAACCGGCUCCGGGAGCUUUGCCGUCAGUGGCUGAGGCCCGAGGUGAACUCCAAGGAGCAGAUCCUGGAGCUGCUGGUGCUGGAGCAGUUCCUGGCCAUCCUGCCUGAGGAGCUGCAGGCCUGGCUGCGAGAGCACCGCCCCGAGAAUGGGGAGCAGGCCGUGACCAUGCUGGAGGACCUGGAGAAAGAGCUUGACGAACCAAGGCAACAGGACACAGCUCAUAGCCAAGGAAUGAUCUGGAAGGAAAUGACAUCCAUAGGAGCACUGAAAUCUCUGAGUAUACAGCUCCAGCCCUUGGCGAACCAGUGCAAGGAUGAGGCUCAAGAGUCCCAGGCUUCCCACGAGGGAGAUGGCAAGCUGGUGGGUGAUGAAGUAUUAACAACAGAGCAAGAAAUUUUUGAAUAUGUAGCAUCAGCGGCCAUGGUAUCCCCAGGAAGACUCCCUGGGGAAACUCCUUCAGGACAGAUAGUUAAAGAAGCUUUGGGAGGCCUGGACAUCUUUGAGAAGCCAGAAGGAACCGUUGCAAGGAACAAAAGAAGUCAGCACCCUUCUCAGGAAAGACAUCUUAGUCUGACAGUCUUCAACAAGAAAAUCGCCACAGAAGAGAGUGUCCUUGGAUGUAAUGAAAAUGAAAGGACUCCAAGUGUAAACUCAAAUGUUGCAACACGACAGAGAGUUCAUGCUGGGGGGAAGGUCUAUGAGUGCUUGGACUGUGGGAAAGCCUUUUGCCAGAGCUCAAAGCUGAUUAGACAUCAGAGAAUUCAUACUGGAGAGAGGCCUUAUGCGUGUAAAGAGUGUGGAAAAGCUUUUAGUUUGAGCUCAGACCUUGUUAGACAUCAGAGAAUUCAUAGUGGUGAGAAACCCUAUGAAUGCUCUGAGUGUGGAAAAGCUUUCAGGGGCAGCUCAGAGCUCAUUAGGCAUCGGAGAAUUCACACUGGAGAGAAGCCUUAUGAAUGUGAUGAAUGUGGGAAAGCCUUCGGCCGGAGCUCAGCCCUCAUUCAGCAUAAGAAAAUUCACACUGGAGAAAAAGGCUACGAAUGUACUGAAUGUGGUAAGACUUUUGGUAGAAGCUCUAUCCUUAUUGAACAUCAAAGAAUUCACACUGGAGAAAAACCUUAUGAAUGUAAUGAAUGUGGAAAAUCCUUCAAUCAGAGCUCAGCCCUCACAAAGCACCAGAGAAUCCAUACUGGGGAGAAGCCUUACGAAUGUAAUGAAUGUAGGAAAACAUUUAGGCAAAGGUCAGGCCUUACGCAGCACCAGAGAACUCACACCAGAGUUUAAGUCUUGGGCCUCACAGAGAUCAGCAGUAUUCCAAAGUAAUACUGGAGUCCAGUUACAUUUAUGCUAGAGGAUGAAAAUCUGAACCUGUCAAAUAACUUAGGAGGUUGUUUAACACGGUGGUUGAGAGGAUGAUUUUUCAAGUUGGACUAUAACAAGCCUAUGAGAGUUAAACUUGCUUCGUACUAUCACCAACACUUGCUACCGUGUGAAUCUUUGUAAUUUUAGCCAUUCUAAGAGGAGACAGCCACAGGUGCUGUUGGGCAAGGUGCGCCAGCGCGGAGAAGCCGAGUCAGGGGCUGCUUACUAGCGCCAGAAGCUGUAAGGACCAUACAAGCUGUGUUCUAGAAUGAAGAGGAAGACUAAGGAAGACCAAAAAUGAAGUGAUGUGUUUCAUGUUA